UGCGAGGCGCGGCUGGGCGCGCUGCCCCGCGGCAGCAGCCCGCGUCCUGCCCGGCAUGGGGGUCGGGCUCCGGGCGAGACCCUGCGGGCGGCGCUGACCUGAGUGGCACCCGCCGCUGCUGCCGCCGCUCCCUCCCCCCCUCCCUGCCUCCCUCCCCCGCAGCCCCGCAGGGAGGAGGCCGGGCAGCGGCGGCCGGCACCCGCGGGCGGGCGGCGCAGGGCUCGGCGCGGUGGGCCGCGGCGCGCGGGGCUCAGGACCCGGAAGCAGAAGCGGGACCGGGGCCGGUAGGCGGCUGGAUGGGAAGGAGCGGCGGCGGGCGGCGAUGGGGGAGCAACAGAGCUCGCUGAGCGCCCCGCCGGCGGCCGCCGCGGUGCCGCCGAACCCGGCCGGGGGCCCGCCGGAGCCCGGCCCGGACGAGCCGCCGCCGCCGCGAGAGUCAGCCCCUGGCGGCGGGGCGGCCGGGCCGGGGCGAAGCGGGGAGCCGCCGCCGCUCGCCGCCAGCCUCGAGCGGCGAGGGGCCGAGGAGGAGGAGGAGGCGACGGCGGCAGGGUCGGAGCAGUCGCCGGCCGCUGAGGAGCCGGCGGCCCUGGCGGAGGAGGGGCCGGGGCCGGAGGGGGCCAACGGCCGCCGCCGCGCCCCCCGGAGGCACGUGUACUGCACCGUCUACUGCGUGGAGAACGACCGGCCGGCGGCGGCCCCCGCCACCCCCCGCGGCGGCCCGAGCGGCGGCGGCCCCGGCGUGGGGCAGCCCGGGGCGCGGCGCGGGGUGGCGGCGGGCGGCGACCCUCUGUCGGCGCGGGGCAGCAUCGAGGUGGUGGACUUGUACCUGCUCCCCGAGCCCUUCUCCGGGCUGAUCGCGGGGGAGUUCGGGCCGCUGCUGGUGCUGAGCUGCCGCGUGUGCCUGGAGGAGAAGCCCAUCAAGCCCCUGUCCUGCUGCAAGAAGGCGGUGUGCGAGGAGUGCCUCAAGCGGUACCUCAGCUCCCAGGUGCAGCUGGGACAAGUGGAUAUAAAAUGCCCGAUCACAGAGUGCAGUGAACACCUGGAUGAAACAACUGUCCUCUAUAACCUGCCCCACGACGACAUCAUCAAGUAUAAAUAUUUCCUGGAACUCAGCCGCAUUGACUCCAGCACCAAGCCAUGCCCUCAGUGCAAGCACUUUACAACCUUCCGGAGGAGAGGCCACAUUCCGACCCCUGCCAAAUUGGAGAACAAAUACAAAAUCCAGUGUCCCUCUUGCCAAUUUGUCUGGUGUUUCAAGUGCCACUCUCCCUGGCAUGAAGGUGUUAACUGCAAAGAGUACAAGAAGGGAGACAAGCUGUUGCGUCAUUGGGCCAACGAAAUCGAACAUGGGCAGAGGAAUGCCCAGAAGUGUCCAAAAUGCAAGAUCCACAUCCAGAGAACAGAAGGGUGUGACCACAUGACCUGUUCACAGUGUAACACUAAUUUCUGUUACCGUUGUGGGGAGAGAUACCGCCAGCUCCGGUUCUUUGGAGAUCACACAUCAAACCUCAGUAUCUUUGGAUGCAAAUACCGCUACCUCCCCGAGAGACCACAUUUAAGGAGAUUAGUGCGAGGCUCUGUUUGUGCUGGAAAACUACUCAUUACACCCCUAAUACUGGUUCUGGGAUUGGCACUGGGAGCCAUAGCUGUUGUAAUAGGCCUAUUGGAAACCCAGUCUUUGCAUGAAGCAGAUGAAGAUGUGGUCACUGAUGUUGAUUUCACCAAUAUGAUUUCUGAAGAAGAAAAAGAAGAGUUAAAGAUUGAGCUAGCCAAGCUAGAAGAUGAAAUUUCAACUUUGCGGCAAGUGCUAGCAGCCAAAGAAAAGCACCUGAUUGAAAUUAAACAAAAGCUUGGUAUAAGUCUGAUGAAUGAACUGAAGCAGAACUUUAGCAAAAGCUGGCAUGAUAUGCAGACAACAUCUGCUUACAAGAAAACACAUGAGACCCUGAGCCAAGCAGGACAAAAAGCAACAGCAGCUAUCAGCAAUGUAGGAACUGCAAUCAGCAAGAAGUUUGGAGAUAUGAGAUCUCAUUCAAUUGGCUACUCUAUUCGUCAUUCCAUAAGCAUGCCUGCCAUGAGGAAUUCUCCAACUUUCAAAUCGUUUGAGGAGAAGGUUGAGACCACUGUCACAAGCCUUAAGACCAAGGUUGGUGGGACAAGCCACGCAGGGGGCAGUUUUGAAGAAGUUCUCAGCUCUACAGCCCACGCCAGCGCGCAGAGCUCUCUUGCUGGCACCCGGCUCCCCGAGAGUGAAGAAGAGCUUCAGUGUUAGACCACAGGCCCUCCUGAGCUGCACAUGCCUCUCUUCAGAGACUUGCCCAGCCGGUGAUUUUUAGAACCCCGUCACCACCCAACUUGUGCAACAAGGUUUUGUCAGCUUUGGAAAAUUGCCUCCCUUGCCUUGUGAUGAAGAAGUGUUUAUUUUGGAUGCGCCAUCAGGUAAUUUGUACCCCACAGAAACCACACAAAUCAUUGACUUGUAAUGCUCUAAACUUUAUGUUAAGUGACCCAAAUAGUUUUCAUUUCCACAUAACUUCCUUCCAAUAAUCUCCCUGUCUCUGCUUCUUCUUUCUUUUAGCUUACUGUUUUCUAUCUCUUGGUUUCCCUCUCAUUGCCACAUCAGACAGAUGGAUGCAGUGCUGUGCAAAGGCUUUUCCUGCCAGCAAUAGCCUGUAUACCAGCUGUCUACCAGCCAUACCAGGUGCCCUUUGCUGAGGAGUAAUCUGUACAUAAUCUACUUCUUAAUGGAAUUAAAUCACUUAUUGUCACAAAAAGCUUUUUCUCCUUUACUGGUACAGUCUGGCAUUGCCCUCCACCCAUUAGUCAGCAGAGUUACAGAGGACAGGAAGACACAUCCAGUUAUUCAUAUAGAAACUGAACUGAUCACAGCUGAUGAUUUAAGAUGAUCAUCGUAGCUGGAAAAGCUUCAGUUUAAAUAUAUGUUCCAUUGCUUACUCUCUGUGGUUUGGUAAGACUUGACAGUAUAAGUUAAUUACAGAGAGAAGUGGAGUGGAGGGAACCUCUAGUCAUUUUGCCUCUUUUAUCUUCCCCUCAAAAAUAAGGGAAGCUGUAUUUAUGAGCCUCAGUCAAGAUACAGCCUUAAGAGAAAAAAUACCAACUCAAGAACUGGCUAAAGAAGUGCUGUAGGUUGGAGAGCCCAUUCCUUCAGUCUGCAUUUUCAAGCUGCUCACAUAAACCCUGGUCUCUUACAAUGAUGAGUAGUAGGUACUUCCCUUCUGGUGUCAAAUGGUCUCGUGCAUCGCUCCAGGCUAUAAUCCCACCAACCACAUUUUAUCUGCUUAGCCACCAACAGCCAGUCAUCUUUCAGCUUUGCUUCAGCAUGUUUUCUUGCAUCUUUUGAAAGCUUUUUUUCCAAGAAAAGAGCAGCACACUUGUGACACUAUCUUGUUGUCUAGUGAGCACCUGUCAGUCUGCAUGGUGCAUUACUCAGUUCACCAGACCGAGAUGAACACAACUUUAUCAAUAAAGUAUAAACAAGAUGGAAAAGAGUUUGGCUGCUUUCAAAAUGGAUGCAUUAUUUGAGCAUUUCAAAUCAGUGUUAGUGCAUUUGACAUUACAGACUGCUUAAAAUCUUGUGAGGAAAUUGGCUUUAAGUGAUUUCUUUCCUGUGUGGCUUUUGUUACAGUUUUUAAGACGCUGGAAGUCCUUUCGUAAUGGUCUACAGGACAUAAUUUUGGACAUUUAUAUCUAAUGCUUGAGUGUGAUUUUUAGCAUGGAAGCAAUUCCAAUUAGGGGUUUUUUAGUACAGUUUUCUUGUGAGACUUUGCUAGCUUAUUUUACAUGGUUUUGUGCAUAAAUGUGAUUUAAAUAAGGAAGCUAUUAAUAGUCAACUUAGUUCUUAUUAAAAAUAAAUUUCUCUCUUACUCUUUUA